AAAAUAACAAUUAUUAUUAACAGUAAACUUUAAUUUUUGAAAAAAUUUACAUAUCUUGAAAAAUAAAACUAUUUCAUAUUAACAUCCGGUUACUGAAUUUAAAUAAAUGUGUGUAUUAUGAAAAUUGGGAUUGGAGGUCAUGACAUCACUAGAGAUAGAUAUAAAGGUUGCUACGGGUCAGAAAAAUUAAGGAAAUGAUGGAAAAGUCAUGGAAUUUUAUGAAAAGUACUGGAAAAAUAUCAAACCAGGAAAUGACAGGAAAAAUUUUCUCAGACUAGUACCCAAGAAGCACGUAAUAUAACCUCAAUAUCAAGUAUUCCUGUUAACAUCUCUCUUUAAAAAAAAGUAUAAAAUAUGUCUUCUUAUUUGAAAUCUAUCAUCCUAUUUUGCCUCAUAAUUAAAAUAAUGGGACAAGCCAAAAAACUGGAAACUGUAUUUGAGUGGAAAUAUAUUGAUUAUGUGUGGAAUUCACCACAAGACAAAGAAGCAGCCAUCAAAUCUGGAAAUUACAAUUUUCUAAAUGCAAUUCUUCUUGAUGUUGAUCGAUCACAAGAUGGGAGAACAUUUGUUACUGUUGUCAGGACCCAAGGAGUUCCAGCGAGUUUAGGAGUGGUGUCUAAUAAAAAAGGACCUGGAGGUCGUUUAUUGAAACCAUAUCCAAGUUGGUCCUGGUAUAAACCAGGUGACUGUAAUGGCAUCACUAACGUUUAUAGAAUUACUAUUGACAGGUGCAACAGAUUGUGGGUUUUAGAUAAUGGAGUGAUUGGCCAUGAUCAAGUGUGUCCGGCACAAUUAUUAACUUUUAAUUUAACUACAAAUAAUUUAAUAGAUCGAGUAAAAAUUGAAGAUCGAAUUUCUCAAAAUCCUCAAACUCAUUUUGGUACUUUAGUAACGCCAAUUGUUCAAACUGAUGGAGAACAUUGCGAAACAUCAAAAGCUUUUCUAGCUGAUGUAAAUGGUUUUGGAAUGGUAGUUGUGGAUUCGCCUAAUAUAUGGCGUUUGAAUGGACCAUAUUUUGAACCGGAGGAGCCUUCUUCGGAGUUUUCAUCUGUGACAGUUGCCGGUGAAAAUUUUUCAAUGGCGGAUGGUCUUUUUGGCAUGGCAUUAUCACCAAAAAUUGGCAAAAAUCCACAACAGCUUGUUUUUCGACCAUUUUCUUCACGUUCAAUUUAUGCGGCCAAAGUUGAUGACAUUUUGCAAACAAAAUAUGAUAAGCCAUUAGUUUAUUCUAAUUAUUCAAAUGUACUUCCUAGUCAAGCAACAGCUCAAGCCUUCAGUUCAAAUGGCGUUCUAUUUUUGGGUCUCACAAGCGAAGUUGCCAUUGGAUGCUGGAAUCAAUUUAAGAAAAUGACACCACAAAAUAUUGAAAUAAUCGCUCAAGAUAACAAAACACUACAGUUUGCAAGUGGGAUUAAAGUAAUCCCGGCGUCAGUGAGACAAAAGCAGGAAGAACUCUGGGUGGCAACGAAUCGUUAUCAAAAAAUGGCAGUUGGAACUAUUAAUUUUAAUGAAAUUAAUUAUCGAGUUUUAAAACAAUCUGUGAGGACAUUAAUUGCUGGCACUAAAUGUGAUCAUCGUCAUUAUUAAUUUCAUUCGUAUUGUAAGUGUGUCUAAGCGGCCAGGGUAGUUAGGGGAUAUUUUUCUUAAUCCUUGUUAGACACCCUAAUUAUGUUCAAAAUAGAAAAAGUAAAUAUAAAAUUAUAGUAUUAAAAUUUUUAAAUAUAUUAAAUUAGAUUAAAACAAAUAAAAAAAAAUUUUUGUCAUUUUCCAAAAUCUUAUAAAUUGUGAAAAAGAACAACAUGUCUUUACAAACAUAAAAAAAUUUUCUGUAGCUGAGUUUCUAAUAAAUAUAAUAAAAAUGUGUAA